AUGUUAACAGAUUGUGAUAAAAACAAAUUUGUUAAGCAAUGUCCCACAUGUCGUGAAGUUGUUGAUGCUGAUGAUUACUUGGCACACAUUAACAAACAAACUUGCUUGGCUAUCAGAGAUGACAUUGUUCGAUGUCCACUUUGUAAAACAGUAAUUAAACCAGCAACUGAAGAAGGUUGGAAAUCACAUUUAUUGAAUGCUAAUGGAUGUCCAAAGAAUCGUAGAAAGCCUACAAAUAAGUCUGAUGCACCUUCAACAGAAAGUUCUACACUUAGCGGUAAAAAACAUGCACUAAAAAAGAUUACUGAAACUGGAUCAAAAUCAUCUGUAGCUUCUAAAGCUCCUGGCAAGAGUAAGGUUACAACAUCUAGUGGUAGUAGUAAAGACAAAUUAAAGAAAUCUGCAACAAAAUCUUCGAAAAUCAGAAAGUAA